GGAAGAGAAAUCGAAAGUAGAUCAGCAGUGGUAAUCUGUGGUUGGUAUACGCAGUGGUAGUUUUACUGACAUUCUAAAAAGCUGUAAACACUGAGAAUCAUCCGCCUUUACUCCAGUGUGUUACCGCCUAUAGACAGGACUUUACUAAAGUUUAGUUAUGAAAUUGUUUAUUUUUGUUUAUUUUUCCUCUUUGCUGGGAAAUGUUGGGACUGUAAGAUGGAGCUCGACAGUUCCGGAAGUUCUGCUUUUUCUCCUGUUUUCUGUUCAUCCUUCAUCAGCAGUCACACACUCUCUGCAGUACCAGUACACUGCUGUUACACCAGGAAUAAAUCUCCCAGAAUUCACUGCUGUUGGUCUGGUGGAUGGAGAGCAGUUUGUGUUCUAUGACACCAACAUCAAAAAGAUGAUCCCAAAGACCGAGUGGGUACAGAACAUCAGCGCUGAUGAUCCACGUUACUGGAAGAGAGAGACAGAACGUAUGCAGGAUGAAGAUUACACACUCACAGUCAGAUUGGGUCUCAUAAUGGAGUGUUUUAAUCAGACUCAAGGAGUUCAUAGACUCCAGAGGAUGUACAGCUGUGAGCUUGAUGAUGAUAGCACCACUAGAGGAUAUGAUCUGUACGGUUAUGAUGGAGAAGAUUUCAUGAGUCUGGAUCUGAAAACUGGAACCUGGACUGAAGCGAAACCUCAAGCUGGAAUCUUUAUAAAGAAGUGGGAUCCUACAGACGCUAAAGCUAAACACUGGAAGAGCUACCUGGAGGAUGAAUGUGUUGAUCGUUUAAAGAAGUUUGUGUCUUACGGCAGAGAGACUCUGGAGAGGAAAGUUCGUCCCGAGGCGUCAGUCUUCCACAAACACUCUCCUUCUCCAGAGGUGGUGUGUCUCGCUACAGGUUUCUUCCCCAAAGCCCUGAAUAUCACCUGGCAGAAGGACGGAGAGGACGUGACUGAGGACGUGGAGCUCAAUGAGACGUUACCCAACCAGGAUGGAAGCUUCCAGAAGAGGAGCAUUCUGAAAGUCCCAGCUGAGGAGCUGCAGAAACACAAAUACACCUGCGUAGUUCAGCACAGCAGCUUGGGGGAGGAGAAGAUAGUCCGAGAAGUACCAAAAGGUCCUAUUAAAACUACGCAUUUAGAUGGUGGAGGAUCAGAUGGAGAAUCAGGUGGAGGAUCAACUGUUAUCAUCAUUGUUGUCCUUGUGGCUCUUGUUGUUGUCGCUGCUGCUGGGAUUGUCCUCUGGAAGAAGAGGAACUCUGGAUUCAAACCUGUUCCCCCCAAACCCUCCUCUGAAGGAGAUUCUUCCUCCAAAAAACAACUGUUUCUUCCUGCUGAAGAGAGAGAGAGAAAGACAGACAUGAUGAUGUUUACAGUGUAAUAUGGAAUAAAAAUGUGUGUGUGGAGUGAAAAUCCAGCAGAAAAGCCUGAGCUCACAUUAAAUCUCAGAUCAGAGCUGAUAUUUGUCUCCAUUGUCAAGCGCAGUUUAAUAUCCAGCUAUAAGAUUGUGGUGAAAUACUUCUCUCCCUGUUUUUCUGCUCUUUCACAGGUGAGGAGGUGCAGCCAUGCUGCUUCUGCUUCUUCUCUUACUGCCACAAACUGGACUGCAGUGUGUAACACUGCAAUCGAAUCUUUUAUAUCUGUAUUUUAGAGGGAGAUGAAGAAAAAUGUUAUAAAAACAAAAGUCCUGUAAUAACGUCCUGUAACUCUUAAAAACUUUAGAUUUCC